AUGCCGAAUCGCGGUAAUAGGAACGUAGGAAUUAUCUCUUCCAACCUUGGUCCUAAUCAUAAUGACCCCGGCUUUCUCUCUAAGGACUUUCCACACUCUCCCCCAAAGCUAUAUAUCACUGCUGAAGACAAUGACUUCGAUCUACUCACUGUUAAUGAAUGGAGGAGUGAGGGGUUCAAUGUCGAGUAUAUCCCUAUGGGCAACGGCGGUAAUGAGUAUCGAAUGAAGUUAGAAUCAUUAAGUAGGAGUAACUUGGGCCCUUGCGAAACCUACGGCAUCAUUGCGUACGGCGAUGCAGCCAGCUUCUGCUUAGAGCACUUCCACGUACUCGAUAAUAAUCCCGAGUUUAAGCUCUGCUGUCUCAUCGCAUACUAUCCUACGCGCAUUCCAGACACGCGUACCAAGUUCCCGGGGGGUAUUCAUGUACUUGUUCACCUUAGUACUGGCGAAGAAGUUGGUAUCGUGAAGCAGACGCAGAUAGUAGGAAUCCAGGGCAAGAAAAGGACCGAUAAACGAAAAAUUGAUCGUGGUAUGGGUUCUGGAGGGACAAUGCAAGUGUCGUAUCCAAGCUACACCUAUAAUGCAGUACCCGGUUUUGCAGAACAUGACCUGGACGAGUUUGAUAGAGUCAGCGCAGAGCUUAGCUGGACUAGAAGCCUAGCAACGGUGCAAAGGGCGUUUCGGAGAGAUGUCGACCUGGAGAAGGUACUCGAGCAGAAUAUUGAAAGUAAAUUCUACAACCGCCAUUUACAACAGACCUUGUCAACUUAUACGGCCCACAAGAGCCCUCACGUCACCUAUGUCCCUACCUUGACAGGAGCUAUUGGCUCCGAAGAGCUCCAGAGAUUUUAUUCCGAGUUCUUCAUUGACAGGAACCCCGAAUCCAUGAAACUCACUUUGCUUUCACGUACAAUCGGUUCCGACCGUGUCGUCGACGAGUUACACGUCUCUUUCAAGCAUACGCAAGAAAUGCCCUGGAUACUUCCAGGUGUGCCCCCGACUAACAAGAAAGUCGAGAUUCUCCUAUGUGCUAGUUCAAGUGGGUUAUUGGAUCCAAAGGUAGUGCCGAAGAAAGCUAGCGAUGCAGGAGUUAAGCGGUUGCCAGUUAUGGGGAGGCGAGCGGCUAAGAGUGUACUGGUAGGCUAUGACGAGAGUGAUGAGGGCGAGGCCACGAACGAGUUGAUACCUGAGUGGGAUGACGACGCCAAUGACGACGUAGGUAACACAGCAGAUGAGGGCGAUAAGAGUAACGGUGCCAAGACUAAGGAGACAGAAAAGGAUGAGGAGACAACAGAAAGAUUGGAGGAAAAGAAACCUGAACAAUCGACACUAAGUCAAGAACAGCAUGAAGAUUCGAAAACACAAGGUGAUUAA